AUGCCUCGCUAUACGACGUCGCAAACCUUCACGGAUGGCAACACGCAGAUAGUCGCGCUUCCCGAUAUCGUAGAAACGAAGCGCGAGGAUCCCAAGGGUGACGUGGAGGAGGAGCCGUACGAGGUGAAGCUACAGCGCAUCUCCGAGUGCUACCGAGCGAUGCGGCGGCAUGAGCAGGACCGGCUGAUGCGGAUGGAGGCGGAUUAUAACAAGCGUAUGGAGGAGAAGCGCUUCCAACAACGCAGAGAACAACGGCUGAAGGAAGCGGAGGAGCGAACAGCAAAGAAGCGAGCGAAACGGCAAAAGAAGAAAGAGAAGCGGAAGAAGCAGAAAACAGAGGAGACACGGGAUGGCAGCUUGCCGAGUGUGGCCGAGGGGCAGAGGGAGGGGCUUGUAUCAAGUGAUGAGGAUGAGGAGGAUGAGGCUGCUGCACCAUCUGCCCAGGCAGCACUUGAUUGA